CAAAACAUAGGCAGUUCCACAGUGGUGACAGAAGAACUCUCAGGAGAAAGCAUUUUUGCCUUGGCCUUGGGACAGCUGCGAGGCCCACCAUGGCUCCUGUGAAGAUUAGCCAUGUUGUGUCAUUUUCCUCUCAGGAUCCCAAAUAUCCAGUGGAGAACUUGCUGCACCCAGAGAGUCAGAGGGGACCUUGGCUCAGCUGCCCUCAGGACAAGAGCGGGCAACUAAAAGUUGAGCUGCAGCUGGAGAGGGCAGUGCCCAUUGGCUACAUCGACGUGGGUAACUGUGGCUGUGCUUUCCUGCAGAUUGAUGUAGGUCGUUCUUCCUGGUCCCUGGAUAGACCUUUCGUCACCCUGCUGCCUGCAACCAUGCUAAUGUCCCUGGCUGAUUCAAAGCAGGGGAAAAACCGCUCAGGGGUCCGCAUGUUUAAAGAUGAUGAUUUCCUGGCUCCAGCCUCAGGUGAGUCAUGGGAUCGACUUCGCCUGACCUGCUCCCAGCCCUUCACCCGUCAUCAGUCCUUUGGCCUGGCCUUCCUAAGGGUGUGUUCCUCUCUGGACUCCUCAGAUGACCCUGUCGUGGGUCCCUCAGCCCCAGAGAGCUCUGGGCUGAGACAGGGCUCUUCUGAUGCUCAGGAGUCUGGUCCCAGCCCCUGGCUGGCUAAUCCUUCCAUCCGGAGGACAUUCUUCCCAGAACCCCAAACGAGCACCAAGGACAUUUCAGAGCUCAGGAAUAUCCUAAAGCAGCUGCAGCCAGGGACAUUGGGGCGUUCAGCCUGCAUGGUGCUUUCAGCUGCCUGCAAGGCUCCUUUAGCCCAUGCAGCAAGCCCAAAAAACAACCAUGCAGAAUCAGGUGCCAGUCAUCAGGAGAGCACAGAGUCCAAACCAAAGGAGCAAAAGUCAAAGAAUGAUGACGGCAGGACAAAGAAACGGAAAGUGCAAGCCCAGGGGCCUGUUUCCAACUCAAAGUCUCGACCAAACCAGAGGAGGCUAGCAAAGGCAGGGCAAAGAGAACAUAGCCAACCCCAGGCCCAGAGCAGCGGUGUCCCAGAGAGUGGACAGUGCCCCAUUUGUGCAGGCUCCUUCAGCAUUGAGAUGCUUCCCCAGCACGCUGCCACCUGCGGAGAGACCUCCUCACCUUCCCCCACCUCUCCCUUCUCGUCACCAUCUUCAUCACCAGCUGUGCUGUGGGUGUCCUCCCCAGAGAGCUCACCACCCAUUUCCUGGGUCCAGUGCCCUAUCUGCCAGUUGCCAUUCCCAGCAGGAGAAAUAGAAGAACAUGCCAGCAUGUGUGGAGAGGUCCCUCAGGCAUGAGCCCUGAGGUCCUGUGGUUUUGGACAUACUCGUACCACCACCACAGAGGCUGCCCUCUGUGACUGAAACCAGGGAAUAGAUCUCUUGACAGCUGAGAAGGGCUGAUAAAGCCAAGCCGCCCUCUCCUCCCCUCUACUCAUUCCCUUAGGAUGCUCCCGAAGAGUACCUCUGGGUCCAGCCUGCUCCCUGCUCCCAGUUGUCAAGACUUCUGUCACUAUGGCACCCUGCUCUCCCAUGGGCAGCUCCAUCUCUUUCUUCUUUGAACUGCCAGGGUCGAAUUGGUGAUCUCUCUAGGGCUUUGGGACACAGUCCAGAAUGUUUUCCCCUUAGUGAGUGGUGUGUACUUGUGCCCAUUUUCCUGAGAUGAAAAUUGAGGCCCAGGGAAAAGAAAAGCACUGCCUGACAGAUAAGAUCCUGUGGUGUCCUGGGAAGGUGAGAGUGAUUUUUGAGUAUGAGACUGACCUCCAGCCUCCCAGGAACUUAACUCCCAGUGUCCUUUAGGUGUUCCCUCCCUAGGAUGAUCAGUUAAUGGUGCUGACAUUAAACAAGUUAUUUAUCUUGGGCCCAGAGUUAACCCUCAGUAACAGAAGGAAAAAUAAAAACCUGUCCUGCUCACAGAGUUUAUGGGAAUCAGAGGGGCUAAUGACUAAGGAAUGAUUCUCAACCUGGCUGUGGAACCUUGGGCAAGUCCCCGUCCCCAUCAGUACAGUGAGGCGGUUGGACCGGAGAGUCUCUAAGAUCCCUUCCACCUAUGUUCUAAACUGUAUACCCACCUACUUUGAGCAACUAUGUCCUCUCCCUUUCCCAGAAGAUUUCAUCGUGUGGCACUAACACCAGUUCCCCUGGUCUCCAGGGUACAGGGCAGAGGGGGAGCAGCUGGUCCUGGCAAAGGGAGGGCCCAGGGCGGGGUUUUGAAGGGGCAGGAGAGAGGAAGCUGGGCACAGUCAGGGGAGCUGACGGGGCAGGUGUUGCAUCCCUCCAUCUCUGCCAGCAUCAGUUGGCGCAGCCAUGGACCCCCUCACGGUAAGAGGCCUUCAGCUCCCCUGCCUUCCCCUAUCCUGGUCUCAUUUCUGGCUGUGAUUAAAACAACAGAUUAACCCAGAGGGAUGGCAGGGACAUCCUGGCUGCCAUGCAGGAAGUGGACAUGAAUGUGAGGGUGGGAGAAGAGCCCUUGGAGGCCUGGGCCUAGAAGAAAAGCCGUGAGGGUGGGCUGGGCCCGGUGGAGGAGAAGGACAAGGCAGCACCGAGAGGGAGAAGUGCCGCCCAAAGCAGGAGAGGGCAGAGCUGGGAAGCUGGUGGAGGGGUAUCUUGGGCGGAUCCUGCUACAAAGAGCCAGGUUAGAGCUGAGGGGCUUGCAAAAAGCCCAAUGCAAAGACCCUUCUGUGUGGAUGUGUCUAGGCCUGUUCUCCAGAGGCUCUGGGAUUUCCAGAGGGAUGAGCAGCUGGGAGAAGAUGUCAACAAGGUGGGAGCUGGUCAUGGACAGAUCUGUGUGCCUGUGGGGGCGGGUGAGGUGGGUGGUUAGGCUUCCAGCACAGCCCUUCCCUCCUGCUUCAACCUACUCCCAAGCUGCCCACAUUUGGCCCCACUGUGAGUGGGUGGUCCUGUGAGGAUGGAGGUUGUGCUGAGGAAGGGGCCCCCAGUCAGACCCAGUCCUGGCACUUUCCUAUCCUAAGAACCCCUACAAUAAAAUGAAGACUAAGAAAA